AUGACCAAAGAAUUGUCACGAUUGAUUGAGAAGCACGAUGGCACAUUCUGGAACAAUAAUGUCAACCAUCAGCGAUGUUUUUGCCAUGUCCUGGCAUUAAUCCUGGGUGCAGGUCUGGCUGCGGUAAAGUUAUCAUCAGCCAAGGGCCCAACUUCCAAAAAACCCGAAAACUUUCCAACUCUCGAAACCAUCAGCCGAGCUGAAGCAGCCUCUCUGGAGGUGUUGCGGGGGCAACACUCUCGUAGAGAGGCUUAUGCCCGAAGUUAG